AUGGCCAAGCGUUCACGGAGCCCCUCAAGCGAGGGGCAUCUCGAGGAGCCGGAGUUCUCAAGGUCUCCAACUCCAUCAUCAACCACAGCCACACCACCUCCAGCACCAUAUGAGCGGCCCAAUUUAGACCAGAAUACAUCCAAAGUCAUGCACUGUUCCCUGCCACCCCAUCGCGAGACGCUCUCAUUUGCUUCUUACGAAGACUACGAGGUCCACUAUCGCCAGACUCAUGUCAAUCGCUGCUCGGAGUGCAGCAAGAACUUCCCUACCAGCCAUCUACUCAAUAUUCACAUCGAGGAAAACCAUGACCCGCUCUUUGCUGCUCGUAAAGCACGAGGGGAGAAGAUGAAGUAUGGCUGCUUCAUUGAGACAUGCGAGCGGAAAUGCUCCACUCCCCAGAAACGAAGACUACAUAUGAUAGACAAACAUAUGUUUCCCCGGACCUACAAUUUCUACAUCGUCAAUGAUGGCAUUGACAAGCAGACGUCCCUGCUACGGCCCUUGAAUAGCCACCGACGACGCAUGUCUAUGACGUCCGUCUCGUCUGCCCAGGAAGGUAGACUGCGGCGGCGGAGCUCUGCUUCUCACUCGACUACACCUGUUCCCCCGCCGCCCCUGGCGGCUCAGCCGGGGAUACCAAAGGACAUGGAGAUUGAUGAGCUGGAAAAGUCUAUGUCUGCGCUACAAUUUGUCCCGACGAGUGUGACAAGAAACCGCGAGAGACUUCCUCGGGGUCAGCCUUGA